AUGGCUCCUGGCAUCACGGCGCCAGACUCCGAGUCUCGUUCGUCGGGCAACAGCUUGGAGGUUGCGUCGCAGAUCUCGUAUACCAGAGACGAUGACUACUCAAGCUUCAUGAGUGAUGUUAUGGUUGUUGGUGCAGGACCAGCUGGUCUGAUGCUUGCUGACAACCUGGUACGAUAUGGUAUUAAGACGCGCAUCAUCGACGACCGACCCGACCGCACUUCGACCGGACGCGCCGACGGAAUCCAACCAAAGACAAUCGAAACUUUGCGACAGAUGCGCCUUGCCGAGCCGCUGCUGCGAAAGGGUGUCAAGAUCUAUGACAUUGCUUUCUGGAAGUCAACCGCCGACAAGUCGCUUCAUCGCACCGGUCGUGAGAUUCACUACCCGCCGGUAGUUGACUUACUCGAUCCAUACAUCUUGCUGGUACACCAGGGCAUGGUCGAAGGCGUCUUGGAAGACGACCUACGGGAAAGGGGCGUCGUCGUUUCCAGGAACACGGCUUUCGUCGACUUUGACUACACACCCAUGUCUAUCCGUCCACUGACGGUCAACUGUCAGCAAGACGUCAGUCACACCAAGAAGACCUUCGCCACACGGUUCGUCGUCGGCUGCGACGGAGCUCAUUCGAAAGUCCGCCAUUGCAUACCAGGAGCGACGCCUAUGGGCUCAUCAACCGAUGCCGUCUGGGGCGUGCUCGAUGGUGUCCUCGAAACCGAUUUUCCUGAUAUCUGGAGCAAGGUGGUCAUACAGUCAGACGCUCUAGGAUCUGUCUUGAUGAUCCCUCGCGAAAGAGGUCUGACCCGUCUAUACAUUGAACUGCGGCCGGAUUCGACGGAGGCAGUGGGAGCCCAGCAGACUACACAAGAGUUUGUUCAAAAGCGGGCACGGGCUAUACUGCGCCCAUAUCGACUCGAGUGGAAGACUGUUGAGUGGUUUGGACGCUACAAGAUCGGACAGCGAGUCGCAGCGCGUUUCACUGACCACGAGCAACGAGUGUUUAUUGCUGGCGAUGCUAGUCACACUCAUUCUCCCAAGGCGGCGCAGGGCAUGAACACAGGGAUGCAUGACGCGUGGAACUUGGCCUGGAAACUCAACUUCGCGACGCGCGGCCUUGCGAAGCCUGCUCUUCUCGAAUCGUACGAGCAAGAACGACAGAAGAUUGCCAAAGACCUGAUCGACUUCGACUACGAGCACGCCAAUGCUUUCCACGACGGAGACCCGGUAGCGCUUGCGGCAAACUUCGCGAAGAACGUCGCGUUCAUCUCUGGCUACGGUGUCAGCUACGACCUCAAUACUCUCAACGUGCAAGCGAAGGGUUACAAUAAAGGGCAUCUGAAGCCGGGCUACCUGCUGCCACCUGCGAAGGUCACACGCUACAUCGAUGCCAAUCCGGUCGACAUCCAGACCGACAUACCUGCCCUCGGUCAAUUUCGCGUCUACUUCUUUACCCACAAUGUUCAUGCGUCCAUGCCAUUCUUGGAGAACGUGUGCCACUCGCACAUAGGAAACAACUCAUAUGUCGGCCGCGUAACAGCUGCUGGCAACGCCUCAUACACCAUGCAGCCACCUCUCGCAGCACCCCACGAUCAGUUCGUCUUGCCUGAGCGAUACACUCCCGUCAGUGGUGUCUUCACGUAUGCCUUAGUGACCGACGAGGAUCGCAACAACUUCGAAAUCCGAGACCUACCAGCCGUACUUCGCGAGUCCGCCUUCACAUUAUACCUUGAUGAUAUUCCAGACAAGGAUACUCGGAAACAGACAUGCAUGGACAAGUGGCUGGACGGUCUUGACGAGAAGGAAGUCGUUGUUGUCAACGUACGUCCAGAUGGCUAUGUCGGAACAGUGCGGAGAUUCGCCGACGGCACCAGGGAGAGUGGGAUGGCUGCUGUACAAUGGAUGGACGAAUACUAUGAGCAGUUCCUGCGAGAUACGUAG